UUUUGCUGUCUCAUUAGCUAUUGACCUUAAACAGAUGAAAACACUGUCUUCUCGAGGCCUGUCUGUUUGAAGAAUAAUCGUCUGUUCAUCUUCCUUGUUAUCUGCGAACGUCUUUGGCAUUACUUCCCAUUACAAGAACAAGUCGAUUUACUUUUUARUCUCGAACGACUCAAGCCAACGAUGUCUAAACUUGCUUUCCUCCAUUUGGUUAUCUUUCUACAAUCAGCUCUUACUUCAGCCACGUACCUUUCUUGUCCACCSGGUUGGGCUACUUACAAGGAAUCGAGCUACUGUUAUCGUGUGGGCAACACGCCAACGACCAAAUGGAAGACAGCAAGAAAAGCGUGUUURUCCAUGGGAGGUGACUUGGUGAAGAUAAGGUCAGCCCAAGAAAACAGAUACGUGGCCCUUCUUGCUCGUACUUACUCAAGUAGUGGCUCCAUGUGGCUUGGGCUUGUUGGAGAUUCCAGCAACGUAUUUACAUGGGUUGAUGGAUCUGCAUUGUCUGUUCAAUACUCGAAUUGGAUAUCAGGCGAGCCCAACAACUACGAAGGACAGGCUGAAGAUUGUGKAGUUAUGAGCUUAAGCAGUAUGGGAUGGAAUGACGUGAUAUGCAUYAAUAAUUCGUUGAUUUACGUGUGCGAAAAAGAAAAGCUAUAUUGAUUCAUUCAUGGCCCACUUAUUUGCAACUUUCUUGUAAUAAAAAGGAUGGCAUUACGA